CAAAAAAGUAAUAAUAAUAGAUAAAUAAAGAGUCAGGAAUGGUUGAUAAGAAGAAACAAUUCUCCAUUCUAGCAACCCUGUUAGUAAUUUCUUCUAACUUCAUUCCAUUUGUGGUUUGCCAUGGGAUCAUACCUGCCGAUGUAUCUAAACUUAACCAAUGGAUCACUGAAAACGUGAAAGAAUUCGCAGCACAGAAUGCUGCGAAUGGCCAAAAUGGCACCGGUUUGGACGCAGUUUUGGCCACCGCGGAGGCUUCUCCUCAAGUGAUAACUGUCAACCAACAGGGCCCUGGAGAUUUCAAGACGAUUACUGAUGCAGUGAAAAGCAUUCCACCAGAGAACACAAAGAGAGUGAUAAUUAAGAUUGGCCCUGGUGAGUAUAAAGAAAAGAUCACCAUCGAUCCCUCCAGGAAGUUUGUAACAUUUUUUGGGGAUCCAAGCAUCCCAAAGAUUAUGUAUGAUGCAUCAGCAGCCCAAUAUGGCACGGUGAAUAGCUCUACAGUGGCUGUAGAGGGUGACUACUUCAUGGCUGUUAACAUUGAAUUCGUCAAUUCGUGUCCACCGCCGGAUGCAAAAAGAUUCGAUCAACAGGCAGUGGCCUUGCGAGUAACAGGAGACAAGGCAGCGUUCCAUAAUUGUAGGUUUAUUGGUUUUCAAGACACCUUAUGUGAUUUUAUUGGCAGACAUUUGUUCAAAGACUGUUACAUUGAAGGCACCGUUGAUUUCAUCUUCGGAGAUGGCCAAUCCAUAUACUUGAACUCGACUAUAAAAUCUGUGGCAACAGGUUUAUCAGUAAUAACAGCACAUGCGAGACAAGAAGUGAGUGGGGCAAGUGGAUUUGCAUUCGUCCAUUGCAAAAUAAUCGGCAGUGGUGACACAUACCUUGGACGGGCAUGGAAGUUUAGCCCUAGGGUGAUAUUUGCUUACACAUUCAUGGGUGAACACAUCAACGAUAUAGGAUGGCUUAAUGGCAUGACUGGAGAACCUACUAAGAACGACAAACAAGUGUUUUACGGAGAGUACCAGUGCAGUGGACCAGGUGCUGAAACUACUGGCCGAGCCAAAUUUGCCAAGAUACUAACAGAUGAAGAAGUUCAGCCCUUUUUGAGUCUGAAUUACCUCAACGGAACUAGCUGGGUUCUCCAUCCUCCCAAGGUGUAAACCUACACUCAUAAAUACAUCCAACAAUAAUGCUCCAUUGAAAGAAAGUUCAACCAUAUUUGUAAAUUUGUAAAUUUUCAUUUUAAAUUAACUCUUCUCCGGAAAAUACUAAAAAAAAUAUUUUCCAAUGUUGUUUCCUUAUAAGAAGAGAUUGUAUCGAUAACACAUGAGGAUCGUUGAUCAAAGCUGUUGAUCCUCAUGCGAGUUUUGUACUACACAUUAAUCUAUUUAUAAUAUUAUUUGAUUUUUUGAUCAA